AAUAAAAUGAGGUGUUGGAUAAUAAUUCAUUUUUUCCUCCUUUACAUUCGCUCGUCAUCUAAUAAUCUAGUUCUACAUGGUCUGGAUUCUAUCAGUAACUGUAAGAAUAUUCCAAUAGAAAAUGCCUUAAGGUACCCCUGCCCGAGAUUUGUAAUCCUGGGAGGAUCUGGAGUUGGGAAAUCAAGCCUUGCAAAUAUUCUGAUAGGACGGGACAAGGAAUACCGGAGUUCGGAUCCAAGAAGACAAUGUUUUAAUGUGGGACAUUACUCUAGUCCAGGAGCAGAGGUUGGAGGAAUCACGCGCCAUGUUUGUGCAGAGACAGGACCCUGGCUAGGAUAUGGACCUAAUGUAACUGUGGUGGACACCCCUGGAUUUGGCGAGGAGCUAGAGAAGGAGGAGGAGACGGUGGAUCUCAUUGUUAACUUCUUGAGAAACGACAUGCAGUUCGUCAACACCUUCAUCCUAGCAUUUAAGGAGACAGAUAAUAGAGUGACGAAAUCACUUCGAUUGAUGCUUCGAAACCUUCAAAAUAUUUUUGGAGAUGAGUUCUGGGACAACACUGUCAUUGAAGCAACACAUUACGCGUUCGACGAUCUAUCAAUUCGUCGACGAAAAAGCAAACACCUGGACGAAACCAGCUUUUCAGAGCACGUAAACAAUGGCCUACUUGGAAAUAUCAGCCCUAGACCACUACAGACAGUGUUUAUUGAUACAUAUUUUGAUGUUACCAACGAGACUUAUCCACGUCAGAAAUUCAGAGAGUAUACUGGUAAGCUGUAUACCAUGUCUGCCCUAUCUCGUCCCUUCCACUGUAAGGAUAUCAAGAAAGCAAAACUAGAAAACCGGAUCCUUAAGGAACAGGUUGAGGAGCUGCUCAUGGUGAGACAAAGAAUGGAAUUAGAUUUAUCUCUUCUCAGGAACAGUAAGGAAAGCCUGGAGUUGGUAAAUCAUGAUCUAAAUACGAAAAUGGAAGUCUAUGACGGGUCUGGAAUAACCCUGUCUACCACCACAAUCAUCAUAGUCAGCAUUAUCUUACUCAUUCUUGGUUUCGUGGUCGGGGGAUUCAUCACAACAUGCUACAGUGCAAGCUGCUCCCAGGAGGAAGACGACUUUCCCCCGUACAGAAGGAAGGAAGGAGUAGCCCAGGAUAAAUAUGAAGAGAGUGAUCAACAACAGCAAGCACAGUAUUACCAGAUGUACUAUGGAGUGGGUGAGGAGGAGGAGUGUCGAGUUGGAUCAACAUCUCCUCAAAAUACUAAUUUUUUCCCUUCACCUGUCAGUCAGUAUGACGGAGGUCUUUCGAGGCAAACAACAAGUUUUCUGUCCUCUCCCCAGAGUCAGUUUGUAGAAGUUGAAUUUGCCCAGGAACCAGACAAAAAUCUCAGUCUUGAUAGCGGAGACUCAGGGAUUGGUAUAAAGCACCUGUAGCUGAACCUACAAUCUUUCCGUCAACCUCACGUAGUCAAGUAUUAUUGACCGUACUCUGGUUGUGCGAUCCCGGGUAGAAUUAAUACUGUAAACGCACACAUGGGAAUUAUGUGAAUUAACAUCCUAAAGUAAAAUUGUUCCUGAGGUAGGAUUUAAAGAAUUUGAAACGCGCAACGAAACGACGAGCUCUAUAAAAACGAUCGUUUUGCAAAACGACCAUUUUUAAAAACGAACUUUUUUAGCAAAUAUUUCUAACACUGAGUGUUAGAAAUGGGCCAAGUGUUAGUUUUGGAACUAAUGUCCCCUGGAUUUGGAUCAGAAAUAAAACGGUUACAGCUUCAAGGAACCAUAAGAGGCCUGGCAACCAUUUAUAAAACAGCCCGGUCUAAUUUAUUAGUUAAUGAUUUUACAGCCCGUAUGGAUUAUUGUGAGGUAAGAGAACGCUUAUAGUCUGUAUGUAUUAAAUUAGCAUACAAAACCAAUCAUAUGUGUAGGCGCUGGAGUUAUUCUUUUAAUACAGUUAAAGCUUUUCAAAAUGUGGUCUAUACACCCUUCAUCUUUUUAAUGGAUGAUGUUCAGUCAGGGAGUUGUGCUUUUGCCAUUGACUCAAAUUUUUUAUUUAAACUUAGACUUUUUGAUCUACAAGUAUUUAUAGUUAAUUAAAUAUCAAAGGUCUACGUCUAAAUCAUCGGGUUGCAAAGAUAAAUCAUGGUUUAUGGCAAAUACUCCAUUCUUUGGACGUGAUUUAAUAAAUUAAAAUCAAACAAAAUGAAUUCAAAAUUAAGUGUUAAAAUACAAAAAAAAUGUUGGUCCGAGGGGAACCACUGUAUUCUACAAACGAAGUAAGAUCAAUGGUAUCAACUUAGUUGCAUUCAAAUGAUCUUGCUUCAUACAAACAUGUUGUAUAGACUAAAUUUGAACGGAGAAUUACAGUUCAUUCUAACCAAAGUCGUUUAAUAAGGUACUCUCGAUGGGCCCCAAAGUACGGUAAAUGUCGUCUUCACUGGACAGAUAAAAUCCGUAAAUGACGUCACCAAUUAUAGGACAGUGUGCUAGACCCGGUUUAAUUUUGCACCCGCCAACCGUGUCCCUAACCUCACCUGUCCCAUAAAUUGUGAUGUCAUUUACAGGUUUCAACGAUCCAUAGAUUUGGAGACGACAUUUCCUGGUUAUUUGAGCUCAUCGAGAGUAAGCAACUUUACUGAACAACCUUGGUUAGAAAGCAAUGAAAUUAUUAAUUAGUGUACGAGUUCUUUUUUCGAUCAAAGAAAAAGGUAGACAAUGGUGCUACUUCCCCUGAAAACUGUAAUUCUUACUGCUCUACAAUAAUAAGAGAGUCAAAUAAAAAUUGAAUUAUUUUACGAUUAAAAUUAUCAACUUAAAAAAGACAUUCAAUGCAAAGGAUUAAAUAUAUCCGUUCGUAGUAUUUAGAAAAAGUUCAUGGUUGUAAAAUAAAUUUGAAAAAUGUG